AUGGAGUCUCCAGAGUUACGGGACAUUUCAAGACGAAGAGGGGCUGUUCUCGUCCAGGACUUGCAAGAGUGCCUCCCGCUUACCACGACCCUAGGCGAAGGCGAUCUUCUCUACUUGUUGACCCCAGCUGCCGUUCCGAUCGAGCUCCCGGCACCAGGCGCACCGGCCGAAGACCCGUUUGAACCGCUUGGUAAGGCAUUGGCGGAAUACCACCCUUGGGUCCGUCACAUCCCCUACGUUGCGCGCGACGGCAUCACGCAGUAUCACGCAAAUCAUCUCACUUUGGCCAAGGCCGUUAUUUUUGUCAUCACCGGCCCACCACACGGCGGCCAGCCCUCACAAGUUGCCCUGUCGCAGAUAGUUCGCUCGAUUGCUCCCGACCGGCCGCACAUCGUGCUCGUGUGCUGCAGUCUGAACAUACUCGGGCCCUCUGACGGCUUCUUUCCGACGCUCAUUGAAGCUCAAGACUACUCCGUCGGCCGUCUAGAGUGUGCCGCCGAUAUUAUCUUCUUGCCCCGCGGAACACGGAGACCAGGACCAAUGCUCGUCAUGGAAUCGCCGCAGCCCCGGUGGCUGGUGGAGGAAUGGGACAUAUUAAAGGAUGCGCCGGCGACCCAUGACUUGUGGUGCAAAUGCGUCCCUCAACGCUUUCGAAUCGACAUCGCCGGUCUCCAGCGUUUGUUGAACCGGCCGGGCUACUCGAAGCACUUUGUCGUCCACGACCCGCAGACACGCGAGGUGCUCGGCUUUUGUGCCACAUAUACGGCCUUUAUCGAUCAGAACGACUCGACGUGGGUUGGUUGCAUCGCCGCCCUUUUGGUCCAGCCCUCACACCGCGGCCGGGGCGUCGGCACCGCCCUCCAUUACCACGCACUGCGCAAACUCGCCGAACACAGAGUGACUCGGCUGCAACUCGGCAGCACCUUCCCACGCCUCCUUUUCGGCCUCCCCUUUGAGAUGGAGUCCGAAGACUGGUUCCGGCGCCGCGGCUGGCGCAUCGACGAUUCGGAUCUGCCUGGGAGUGGCCAGGAAGCCUGCGACUGGGUGCUUGACUUUUCCGACUGGCGCGCCGCAGGCUUGUCGGACGGCGGCUUCACGUUCCGGCGAUGCCAGAUCAACGAAUUUGACCGUGUGCUGGAGUUUGUGGCACGCGAGUCCGCCCGAAAAGACAACGUCGGCUGGUACGACCAAUACUACCAGCUGGCCGGCACCACCGACAUCCACGACAUUCUUCUUGUUCUCGAAGGCCCCCAAAUUGUGGCGACCGCGCUCAGUUACGUUCCCAGAAACGGCAGCCGCGUGGCAGAAGACCUGCCGUGGGCGCGUACUAUUUCCGAUCUCGUCGGUGGCGUGGCCUGUAUAUGUAUCACUGACGACUUCCUCUCCGCGGCCCAUACCAGAGAUUCGGUGAUUAUCCGCCUCAUGAACUACUGUGUGCAGGUUCUCGAAUCGCAGGGCAUGGAGAAGAUGUUCCUGGACGCUGUUCGUGGCGGCGCCGAAGGGUUUCAAGCUAUUGAAAUGGGCCAGCUACAGGCACGUGUGGCGUGA